UUACUGGUCGUUACCAUACCGAAAAACGAAAACGUUCCGUCUGAACCGGUCCGUCGAUUGUGCAACGGUCGAACGUCCGAAAACCACCGCGACGGCUAUCAUCAUUACGAGUAUCGCUACAUUGUGCGUGCGUACACAUAUUAUUAUCGCAAUACCAUUAACUAUUAUGUAUAUGUAGAUUUGUUAUUAUUUUUUUUUCUCUGGUUAUUGUUUUCUCGUUGAUUAUUAAUUAUCGUUGAAUCGUUUUCGGGUCCCGCCCUGUGAUUGAGCGCGCGCCACUGUCGAGUGUCGACGCGACAACGCAACACGAACCGCCGCCGCAGCAGCAGGUGCGAAGGAUUUGGAGUUUCGACACAACAACACAUUACUAUUAUUACUAUCAUCAUCAUCAGCAACAGUGCGACCUGCCUACAUACGUUACUCCUUAUUUAGAACUGGCCAUUUGAAGGCCUAAAGUUUCCUUCUAUUUUUUUACUCCGUUUGUUUACAAUAAAUUCCACUUUGAGCAUUGUCAUUUAUCUCGCAGUGGUCUUCUGGUACCCCAACCGUCAUCAACUUACUAUCAUCGUUGUAGCCACCGCAAACAAUAACAUUGAAUAUCCCAUAUUAUGAUAUACUACAUUGGAGGAAUGCAUAAUUUAUAUUUAUUCUUAAAAGUUAAAGUAAUAAAUAAAAAAUAUCAUAACAUUAUAUCAAGUUGAUAAUGAGCUUUUGACACAAUGGAGAACUUAUCACCUUUGAAUCAACCUAGCAAGCUAAUUCGACCACCAACAUUGAAACGAGGCCGAUCUGGUGAUUCACAAGGUGGCAAAAUCAAACUUGAAAGGGUUAUCGGUUUGACAGUGUCUACAAAUUCAUCAUUAGAUGUCGAUAAUAAUACUGGAACCAUUGCUUAUCCAGCUGGAUGUACUGUGGUAUUUCACAAUCCAGUUUUGGGUACCGAAACACAUUUGUCUAACAUUUGUAGAAAGUCAAUAACAUGUUUAACAUUUUCAUCUGAUGGAAGAUAUCUUGGUACUGGGGAAUGCGGUCAUCAGUCGAAUGUUAGGGUUUGGGAUAUGGCAGAUUUUUCUCAAAUAGCUGAAUUCCCAGGCCAUAAAUAUGGAAUAAAUUGUGUGGCUUUUUCUCCCAAUCAAAAAUAUUUAGUUUCUGUAGGAUCACAACAUGAUAUGAUUGUGAAUGUUUGGGAAUGGAAAUUAAAUUUGAAGUAUGCAUCUAACAAAGUGUCUGCUAAAAUUAAAGCUAUUGCGUUCUCAGAUAAUGGUAACUUUAUAACAAUUGGCAAUAGACAUGUCAAAUUUUGGUACUUGCAGUCUUCUAGAUCAGUUACAUACAAAGAACCAGUACCACUAAUGGGUCGGUCAGCUAUUUUAGGAGAGCAACGGAAUAAUGAUUUUAUUGAUGUUUGUUGCGGACAUGGUGAACUUAAAGAUUACACCUAUGCAAUAACAAAAUCUGGGUUAUUGUGUGAAUUUAAUAACCGUAGAUUGUUAGAUAGAUGGGUUGAAUUAAAAACUACUAGUGCCAACUGCAUGGCCAUUGGUAAUCAGUUCAUUUUUGUUGGAUGCGCUGAAGGUAUUGUAAGGUGUUUCAAUCCAGGAACUCUGCAAUUUGUAACUACCUUACCUCGAACUCAUUAUUUAGGCGUUGACGUAGCUCAAGGACAUGAUAUAAGUCAUAUGGCCAAUAUUCCACCAAAUGCGAAGUAUCCUGAUGCAAUAGCACUUGCUUAUGAUGAAACUAAUAUGAAGGUCACCUGUGUUUAUAAUGAUCAUAGUUUAUAUGUAUGGGAUGUUAAAGAUAUUAAAAGGGUGGGAAAAUCAAAUUCCUUUCUAUUUCAUUCGGCGUGUAUUUGGGGAGUAGAGAUGUAUCCUGCAUUAGAGCAUGAUUUACAAAUUCCAAAAAAUUCAUUUAUAACCUGCUCAAGUGAUGAUACCAUUAGAGUUUGGAAUCUAGACAGAAUAGAAUGUGAUAGAAAAUCUCUUUAUCAAAAGAAUAUCUACAGUAAUGAACUUCUUAAAAUAAUUUACAUUGAUCCAGAGCUAAAUUUUAUCAAGAAUACAGAAUUAAAUUUAGUUGAUAAAAAUGAUUCAUCAUCAUACGAUGGACGAAAUGGUGUUCGAGCGAUAAGAAUUAGUCCUGAUGGUGUACAUCUUGCAUCUGGUGAUCGUUCUGGUAACAUAAGGGUUCAUGAUUUGAAGACUUUACGGCAGGUUUGUUUAAUUGAGGCCCAUGACGCUGAAGUGUUGUACUUAGAUUAUACCAAGUACAGUGACAAGAUCAAGUUAUUUGCUUCAGCUUCAAGAGAUAGAUUGAUACAUGUAUUUAAUGUUAAUAAAGGAUAUGAUUUUACACAAACAUUAGAUGAUCAUUCUUCAUCAAUAACUGCUGUUCGGUUUAUAAACUCUCACAAUAAACUUCAAAUGGUUUCUUGUGGAGCUGACAAAUCAAUUAUAUUUCGAAAUUUCAAUGAGUCAGGCGAUAAGAACCAAGGAAGUUUUGUACAUGAUCAUUAUGUGUCAGGAAAAACCACAUUUUAUGAUAUGGAAGUGGACCCUAAACAGAAACAUAUUAUGACUGCAUGUCAAGAUCGAAAUAUUAGAGUAUACAAUACAACAUCUGGAAAACACAUAAAAACAUUUAAAGGUUCUGUAGGGGAUGAAGGCUCACUUAUCAAAGUAGUAUUAGAUAGAAGCGGAUCAUUCAUUGCUACUAGUUGCACUGACAAAACUCUAUGUGUAUAUGAUUUUGUUGCCGGAGAAUGUUUGGCUACUAUGUAUGGUCAUUCAGAACUAGUUACUGGAUUAAGGUUUACUAAUGAUAGUAAACAUUUAAUAUCAGCUAGUGGUGAUGGUUGCAUAUUUGUUUGGCGAAUGCCAUCUGACAUGGUCAAACAUGCUAAUUCCAAUAAAAAACAAAUAUCUAGAAUUGAAAGACCUGUUCCAGUUUCGAUUACUGAAAAUGAUACUAUAUCAUUUGUACAUAAAAAAGUUGAAGAAAAUGAGACAAAUACAUUUAGUAUUCCUGCAGAUGGCCACCAACUACCAUUAUGGGCUAAAAACCAAGUAUCUGAUGAUAUUCCAACUAAUACAUUAUUAAACACUUCUCAAAAUCAAAUAAACGCCCCCAAAGGACAAUGGGCUCAACGAGCAACUAGUUCAUCAGAACCUAGUAGUAUUUUGCAACUACCUAUUAAUAAAGAUGACUCUGAUUGUUUCAAAGACGAUAGCUCUGUAGACAGUGGUACUGAAACUAGCAGAUCCAUUUACCCUGAAAGUCAAAAAGAGUCAUUAAUAGUACCAAAAAAGACAAUGCGUAUGCCUCCUGUAUUUGUUCCACAUGAUUUUGAAGAAAAUACCUUAGCUCAUUUAACAUCUGAAAAGACAAAUUCACAAACCAUGUCAGAUAUUCAGCGUAUUCGUAAUUUAACUGACGACAGUUCAUUAGGCAGCUUUAAAAAUGAGGAAUUGGAAAGUAAUGAUCAUGAUGGUGAUAUAGAAGAUUCUGAGAGUGAAUGGAUUGGUAACGCGAAAAUAAAAAACACUGUUCUGUAUUAUCCAUCCAAUAACGAUGAUCUUAUCAAUGAUUAUACAAUUACAAAAUUAGAUUCUGAUGCUCUUAGAAUGUCUCAAAGAAAGUCAAAAGCCAUUAAACAAAAAGAUCGUUUAUUAUCAUCUGGGCUUACUGAUUUAUCUAGUCAUUCAAUGUCUGGCAGCCAAGGAAGUGAUGAUGAUGAUGAUGAUACUUCAACUCCAAGUGUUGAUCACUCAGAUAAAAAUUUAACAAUGUUUUCAACUAGUACUGAAAGAUUAGACAUGAUUGAAAAACGAGAACAAUUUUUAAAGAAUACUUUUGAAUCGCUUGGUGGUACUGAAACCGAUUUUCAAGACAACCAAUACCAUUUCCCAAGUAAGAGAAGUUUAUCUUCUCAGUACAAAGGAAACAAUAAUGGUUCCACUGUACAACAGAAUACAAAUAUUGAAUCUCAAAGUAAAAGAGAAGAACUUCAACAAAGGAUUGAAGAAACUCGAAGAACUUUACAAAACUUGGGAGCUCAUUCCAAUUUAAAAACUAGUCAAAGUAUUUGUGAUUUAAGUAGAAAUUAUGGGAAAUCUCCAUCGAAAUUACCAGUUCGCAACCAUUUAUCAGUUGAUAAACAAACAAAUGGAGUUGGGACUAUGCGCAGAGUUUGUUCUUUAAUAGAUUUGUCUUCGAGUACUCCAAUUAAAGACUGUCAACCGUAUAAUACAUUCAAUGGUAGUGGCUCGGAUAAUUCAAAAACAAAUUCUAAAAGUUUUUCAAAAAAAACUGUUGUCAGCAAUAUGCAUAGAAGUAGUUCUGUCAGCGUUUUGGAUCAAAGUGAUUCUGAGAGCGAUGCCAGUCAGUCUACCAAUGGUGGGAAGAAAAGCACAACAGCUGUACGAGUUAUGAGACCAACAAUAUCGUCACAAAAUAAAAUUAUUAUGAAUAAAUCAAAUCUUUUACGUAGAAGAAGUACAACUUCUUCACAAUCUACUACUGCUCUAAAUAUUAUUGGACAUAAUGAAGAUUCUAGUUCAGAAGAAUUUUUCACAUAUUUACAUAAUAAUAAAACAAAUCAAACUAUGCAUUCCAGAAUAAAUCCUAUUGUACCUAGUCGUAACAACUCUUCUUUAACCAGAAGUGUGAGUGAAAUGAAUCUAAAGAGUCCGUCAAGUAAACCAUUAGAAAAGUCAAGAAAUCGUAGUAAUGAUUUGACUAUCAAAACAAAAAUCAGUGGAACGAUAGGCCAACAAAAAAACUUAAAGAAUUAUUUAUCUUUGAUGGCUGAUCAACUGUUUCAAACGACCGACAAAAUUUUGGAACAUACAAAUUGUGUCAAUGUCAAUGAUAGACGUAUAACUAAAGCAGAUGUUACUGAUGUAAUGACAAAACUAGAACAAAUUGUUAACAGUGGCGGCAUGUUUGCUCAUCAAAAUUCAAGAGUAGCACUCAACAGUACUCAACAAUAUUUAGAUAUUCUGAUUGAUUUGAUAAAAAAACGUUUGUCACUUGAAGUCAUUUAAAUCACCAAUUGUCAAUAUUUUCCACCUUAAAUUCUAUUGUUUGCUAUACUUAAUUUUUAAUAUCUUUAAGAAAGAAUGUCCAUCUAAUAACUAAUAUUUAAUUUUCAUACAGAAUAAUUUUAACAAUAAUUAGAUUGUCAGGUGUGUAAAUGCACAUUCGAGGAUAUGUAUUAUUGUACAAGAAUAUUGUUUGAAUUUGUUAGAAAUGAAACAAUGGCUCUCUAAGUUAUCUUAUUGUUUUUUGUUUCAUUUUUUUAAAUGAUGGAAUGAUAGACCAUUUUUAUAUAACAUUAAAUAACUAUCAACAAGUUAGGUCAUUUAAAAAAGUUAGUCUUUAUUUUUCUUCUGAAAGAUUGGAACGUUUUACCAAAGAAAAACAUAAAAAUGAUUUUUCACAUUUUAUUAUUGUUUGACUAGUUUUAUUAGCUCGAGUUCCUGAUUGUUCUUUAUCUAUAUCAGUCGAUAUUUAUGAUGUGCAUGGGGUUCUGAAUACUUUUUUUUUGUAGAUAACAUGUUAUUUUAAUUGUUUACAUCAGAGUCCAUUAAUGUAAAUGGUUAGAUGUCGUCCCAACUAGCUACGAUCAAACUGUGUAUACAUACAUUUUUAUAAUACCAUAGUUAUUAAACCUAACCUUGUUGGAACUAAUAGACUAAUUUAUAUAAUCCGUCCAAAUAUAUAUAUAUAUGAUAAUGUUUAUCGAAGGUUUACUAAUUUAUAGUGGUUUAGUGAUGACACUUACAUUACCCCUCACCAAUCUUCAUGGACACUAUAUGUAA